GGUCCAUUGUUGAUAUUCACACAAACAUAAAAUAUCGCCUCCUUGACUCUACAUACAAGACUUCUUUACCACCGGUGCUGGUGUUGCUGGAGCAACUUCCAGAGUCAUCCGCAGCCCACCUUCGGCCUUGAUCACCACCAACCUUCUUUCACGGCGCACAUAUUCUCACAGUUCCAUGGCCCGCCAUGUGUAUCUUCCAUCCACCAGUCUGUCUUGUUUGUGACUGGCGUGAGGGAUUCCUCUUUGUGCCAUGCGAGGAAUUCAUGUCGCAAACCUUGCAGGAUCACCCGAACCUAGAUCGCCACAUCCCACCCGGCACUCACUUCCACUGUCCCGAGCUCAGAUGGCCCGCGUUUGGGGGUAUGAAGAUCCACGUUUGCGACCAUUGCAUGUACGAGAUGAGCUAUCUCCGCACCAGCCAGAACGGGCACUUUUUCAACUUGGUCCUGAAGGAGGUCCACAGACGAGUUAAAACGCGAGGCGAGGCAAAGAAGACAAAUACCCCUUAUAUCCACCGGUCGCUACACGAGGACUUCUCCCAGUCCAAUCUACACCACGACCCCGACUUCAUGUUUCCGGCUGAGGAUGGUAUUCCGAAUUUCUGGACGGCCCUGAUGCGCAAGAACGGCUACAAGAACAUUUUGGCCUCCUUAAAAGCCCAGAUCUAUCUGACUGAACUUGAGGAGCACGCCAGACAUGACUACUGGGAGGUCCGAGCAGACCAGGCUGACAGCUCCUGGCUCACCGUGUGGAUUCCUCUCUGCAACAUCUGCAACGAAAAUGCCACCAGCAUCGACGAAGAAGACGAUAUCGACCAGGAGAUCGAGUUUGAGCCCAACGCCUCAGCCUGGAAGACCAUCCAGAUGAUCGACCCUGAUCUGGCCGAAAAUGGUUACUGGUUCCGUAUCAGCACUGGAGAUAUCAUCAAGCCAUGCGUCACUUGCCGAAACAAGGAGGAGAAGUUCAGAGACGAUGUCAUCGACAUGUUGGAGAUCACCGAGAGUUGUGAAUGGGUUCAGUCACUCAUGCUGUGGCUGAAGCAGCGUCCGAACAAGGCCAACAUCUGCUGGAACAGCGGCUGGUGUGAGGGGGCUCAGGACCCAUCUGCCUCUCGGGGCCUCAUCUCCAAACUUCUCCGAAAGCAGCUGAUUCAGGAGGCCGAGGCUAUCAUGGAUGCGAAAUGGGAGGAGAUGACAACCACGCCGUGGGAUAAUUUCGACCUCAACCCUGGAUGUGUGCAUCACUACCAGAAACACCACGGCAUACCUCCCCACACAAAACCCUCCGGGCAGGCCUGACCGCCACUGCCUCUCGUUGAGAUUGAGGACAGAGGGCAUACCGGAUCCGACUUCGACCGAAGCCACCUCACGAUGGACCUGUUCCCCGGCAACCUGCCUUUUUUUUUGUUCUUUCUUCUCGCCCGCCACAUGUUUUGGGCUGCUUUACCAACGUCUACCCAUGUUCCCACCGAAUAUCUCUGGAGUCUGGUCAUGGCAUUUGCCUCGGACCCGAGAAUUCGAAGGAAGGGAUCUGAUUCAGGACUUUGUUGAAUUGUACAGAGUUACAAAAAAGGGAUUACGAGUCAUAAUUGCUUGAUUUAAAAAGGCAGAUGGUCUCAAUAGUACCAUAGGGCACAGUGAUAAAGGAGAAAAAGAGAACAGGUACAUACCUCAUCUUCA